UCUAUUCAGCUGAAAGGAGUUGUACGCUUGAAAGAUUUAAAAUCUGGCCAGUUGCUUCAUCAUCUCUUCUUUGCAGCAAGUUUCUUGACUUCAACAGCCAAGAUUAGGAGUGAGGUCCUGUCUCCGUUCCGGACUGUGCGGAUGUUCUUCUACCUUUCUUUCAUUGCCAGUGGUGCUCUUGGAGGUUUGAUUGCCAUUACACAACUGAUUGCUGCUCUGACAAACUCCACUAAAGCUGAUGCAGUACCUGACAUUGUCAAAGGUCUUCUCAUAGACGUUGGGGCAGUUUCUAUAUUUGCAUUUCUCUAUUAUCAGGAGAACAAUGCAAAGAAUGCACAGGUUGCUAGACUCACUAGAGAGGAAGGCCUUUCAAAUCUGAAGCUACGUGUAGAUGAAAGGAGAAUCAUUUCUCUAAGCUCUUUGAGAGGACUUGCUCGUCUUGUGAUCUGUGCUGGCCCAGCUUCCUUUAUUACAGAGUCCUUUAAGCUUAGUGAACCUUAUACUGAGAGUCUCUUGGAUCGAGGGGUGCUUGUAGUGCCUUUUGCCACAGAUGGAAAUUCACCUACUUUUGAGUUUGACGAGAGUGAGGAGAUGAAAGAGAUUACCAACAAAAGGAAGAAGCUUUGGCAGUUAUCUCCUGUUUAUGUCUCUGAGUGGACCAAGUGGUUAGAUGAUCAGAAGAAACUUGCUGGUGUUUCUCCUGAUUCUCCAGUGUAUUUAUCUCUACGCAUGGAUGGUCGUGUUCGCGGUAGUGGUGUUGGUUACCCUCCUUGGAAUGCCUUUGUUGUCCAGCUCCCUCCUGUUAAGGGUAUAUGGUCUGGACUACUUGAUGGCAUGGACGGAAGGGUUCUUUAGCAUGCAUAGCAAUGACAGAUUCUUUUGUAGUUGAAGGAUACUUUCCGUUUUGACGCUAUAAUUCCUUCCAACUCCAACUCUUCAUACUGCAUACAUCAGGCGAGGUGAUGAAGGUAGAUAAUAAGUGACACUAAUCUCUGCGUUUAAACCUCAGCCAGUGUAUCACACAUUUGUGCAGCUAUAAGUUUGCCUGUUCUGUUCGCGCUGCAAAAUUGAGGCUGCCUCAAGAACAUUUAUAGAACAGACGAUAGAUGAAUGAAGAUCGUUCUUUUGCAUGC